AUGAGCGUAAAGUCAACUAUUGAGAGCAUUCUGUCAAUCCGUACCGCGAGCGCGCACUGCGAUAUUCCCUGCGGCAUCUAUGACCCCAUUUCCGCCAAGAUUGCGGCGCAGACGGUGCAGAAGAUGGUUCUGCGCAUUGAGGCGUUCGAAAACGCGGGCGAUGCGGCCUCCGUCAACACGAUGGGACGCUACGUGACGGUCAAGGAAGAGCACGCGGAAAUCUGCAAGCAUGAGCUGCGUAUACUCUGGGCAGACUACACAUGGCCCGGCUGUGACGCCAACGACAUCGCAUCCAAGUUCAACGCCGCGCUGAAGCUCGCAGGGCAGUGCAAACAGACUGUCAGCAUGGGGAACGCAGAGGCGCUGGUCGCAGCCGUGGACGAGAUUGCUACCAUCUUCUGGUCCACCAAGGGCGUCGAGUACAGCGACCCUGUUGCCGCGGCUCGCUACGGCAGCUAG